GGGAGGAAGCGGCAUCUCUGCAAAGCGGAUCGCGAGCUCCAGGCUCAGGAUGCCCGACUGUGUUCAUGCCGCUCGGAAGGGCUCUCUGCUGCCCUCCACCAUCCAUCUCGCCUUAUGUUUCUUGACAGUUUCACGGGUCGCUGCCGCCGGGCCUGGAUACUUGCUGACUGCACCUUUGACCUUCAGGCCUGGAACAAAUAUGAGUAUUGGCGUAGCUCUGCUGAAGAACAGCCCACCACAUGUUACUGUAAAAGCAGAGGUGGUCUUUGACAACAACACUGUACUAUGGGGGGAAGCUGUAUUUCAAAGAGAUUCGUUUGGGACACUUGUCCUCCCAGCUCUCCCACUGGGCAGUCCUGCUGGUGAUUAUAAUUUGCUAGUCAAAGGGUACACAGAGGGUGUACUGUUGUUUUCUAACCAUUCAGACCUUUCAUUCGAACAUAAAAGCUUCUCAGUGUUUAUCCAGACAGAUAAGUCUAUGUACAAACCAGGGCAAGAUGUGAAAAUACGGAUUGUUACUUUACAUCCAGACCUCAAACCACUCAGUGCUUUGGUAAAUUUGUACAUUCGGGAUCCUCGACGCAAUUUGAUUCAACAGUGGCUGGCAGAAAAUGGAAAACUGGGCAAGAUUUCGAAGGAGUUUAAAAUAUCUAGAUAUCCUGUGCUGGGUGACUGGUCCAUACAGGUUGAAGUAAACGAUCAAACUCAUUAUCAAACAUUUACUGUGAUGGAGUAUGUGUUACCAAAAUUUGAAGUCAUUCUAGCAACACCUCUGUUUUACUCUUCAAAAGCUGAGCGUUUCAGUGGUGCUGUCACAGCAAAGUACACUUAUGGAAAGCCAGUGAAAGGGAAAGUAACUGUCACUUGCUUUUCAUCUUCCUGGGACCGGAACAAAAAUAUCACUAAAGAAUUGAUGAUUAAUGGAUCUGUGAACUUCACACUUGACAAUCAAGAGAUACAAGCUAUCACUUCCCGAAAUGGAGAAUGGGAUUUGCGAUAUGUACCACCUGUAGAAAUUGUUGCUGUGGUUACAGAAUCUCUUACAGGAAUCUCCCAAAAUGCAAGUACUACUAUAUUUCCAAAGUACUAUGACUACAUAUUAGAAUUUUCUGAGUAUCCCAAAGUUCUCAAGCCUUCCCUGACUUUCAUAGCUACGUUGAAAGUCACAAGAGCUGACAAGAAUCCAUUGAGUUCUGAUGACCGACAGAAUAAUGUCAUGAUCUCUGUCAGACAUUCAGAAGACUACAUGUAUGGAUAUGGAAAUGAACUUCAGACAGAGGAGAAGUUUAACUACUCUGUCCCAGAAAACGGGAUCAUUCAGAUUGAAUUUCCAGUUCUAGUUAAUACAACAUCAUUGAAAGUUAAGGCCAAAUUUCUCGAUGGUCAGACUUCUAUAAUCAUUAAUGAUGUAUUCUUCUCUCCCAGUACAACUUAUCUCCUAAUUAAAAAAACGAGUCAAGAUGUUAAGGUUGGGUCACCAUUGGAACUGAGCGUUAAAAGCAACAAACCUGUGACAGAGAUCAGCUAUAUGGUAGUAUCUAAAGAACAAAUUGUAGUUGCUGGUAAAACUGAGCUGCAGUCCUCAGCCUUCACUUUAACACCAGAAAAUUCUUGGGCCCCAAUGGCAUGCAUAAUUGCCUACUAUGUGAGUGAUAGUGGGGAAGUAAUAAAUGAUGCUCUAAAUGUUCCUGUUCAUCCUGUUUUUAAAAACCAGAUUAACAUGUACUGGAGUAAAAAUAAAGCUAAACCCUCUGAAAACGUUACCCUCAAAAUCAAUGUAACUGAGCUUAGAACAACCAUUGGACUUUUAGUAGUGGACAGGAGUACAAAGCUGAUUGGAAAAAGAAGUGAUAUCUCAGAGGAUGCGAUACAUCAUGAGCUAAGUCUGUAUAACACAGCACACUAUGAUAGUGAAGCCCAAAGUUCCUACAAUGUCUUUCAGAAAUGUAACCUCUGGGUAUUUACUGAUGCCAGCCUUCCACGAUACCGUGAACUCAUAGAUGAUCAUGACCUUUUUUUUUUGAUGGGAUAUUCUGAAGAGAGUGAGUUACAGAACCAUCUGGAGACUACAUCAGUAGUAGAUUUUGGUAAUCCUCAUGUAAGAACAAAUUUUCCGGAGACCUGGAUUUGGAAUGAAAUCACACCAAGAUCUACCGAAGUGAUAGUGAAUGUUACUGUUCCUGAUACCAUUACUUCGUGGUUAGCCAGUGCUUUUAUAAUAUCUGAAAAUCUUGGACUUGGUAUAACAAAAAUACCUAUUGAGUUAGAAGUGUUCCAGCCCUUUUUUGUUUCCUUGAACCUUCCACCGAGUAUUAUAAGAGGAGAGCAGUUUUUAUUGGAAGUACACCUCUUCAAUUAUAUGAAAGAAAGUAGUGAGGUUACAGUGACCCUUGAUAGAAGUGACACAUUUGAAAUUUUUAUUUCUAAUGAUAUAAAUGCUACAGACAACCAACGGUCAGUAUGGAUGCCAAGUGAAGAUGGGAAGACUGUUGUUUUCCCAAUCAAACCAACGCAAAUUGGAGAAAUUCCUAUCAGAGUGACAGCUGUAUCAGCCUUUGCAUCUGAUGCUAUCAUCCAGAAAGUGUUAGUGAAGGCUGAAGGAUUAGAACAAUUUCAUUCACAGACUCUUCUUUUGGACUUGACCAAAAGAGUGAGAUUUGGAGAUUUACCUCCCCCUGCAACAGAAACUUUGAGCUUCACUUUUCCAUCUGAGGUUGUACCUGGCAGUGAAAGAGUACAAUUCACUAUUGUUGGUGACAUGCUUGGCCCUUCUAUCAGUGGUUUGGCAUCACUGAUCAAGAUGCCUUAUGGCUGUGGAGAACAAAACAUGAUUAAUUUUGCCCCUAAUAUUUAUGUUCUGGACUACCUGACGAAAACAGGAGAGCUGAAGCACAAUACUAAAUUGAAAGCUGUGUCAUAUAUGAGAGAAGGCUACCAAAGAGAGCUUCUCUUCCAAAGGGACGAUGGCUCAUUCAGUGCUUUUGGAAAUGAUGAUCAUGCUGGAAGCACAUGGUUGUCAGCUUUUGUACUGAGAAGUUUCUUUCAAGCUCAGCCAUACAUAGAUAUCGAUCCAUAUAUACUGGAGAGAACAGCUGCUUGGAUAGUUAACCAUCAGGCACAGAAUGGAGAAUUUCUGGAACCUGGAAGAGUAUUACACAGUGAACUGCAAGGUGGCACUAAUAGUCCUGUCUCACUCACAGCUUAUAUUAUGGCAGCGCUAUUAGAGUACCAAACGCAACAGUAUGACAGAUACAUCAGAAAAGCUUUGAACUUUCUAGAAAUGAAGUUAAGUGAAGGCAUAUCAGAUAAUUAUACUCUGGCCCUUGUGACAUAUGCCUUAUCACUGGCUAAGAGCCCACAAGCAAAAACUGCGCUGAACCUCCUGAAUGAUAAAGCAGAACAUCAAGGAGAACUCAGAUUCUGGAGGUCCCCAUCUGCUGAACUCUCUGAUUCCUGGCAGCCGCACUCUACUGAUACUGAGCUUGCAGGCUAUGCUCUGUUGUCUCAUGUUAAACAACAGAGAUUAUUAGAAGGGCUAUCUAUUAUGAAGUGGUUGCUCAAGCAAAGGAACAGCCUUGGAGGUUAUUCUUCUACACAGGACACCAUAGUGGCCCUGCAGGCUUUGAGUGCCUGUGCUGUGCAUACCGCUGGCCAUGACAUAGAAAUGGAUGUAACUGUCCAUUCAGUGAGUGAAGAAAAUCCAUUUGUGUACCGGCUUGAUAAUAAAAACCGCAUCGUCCUUAAAAGCAAAGAGAUUGCCGCUACACAGCCUGUGGAGGUUACAGUCUCAACAAGUGGCCAUGGCUUUGGAAUCUUUCAGCUCAAUAUUGUAUACAAUGUGAAAAAUCCACAUAAUGGUAUCAGAUCGACACAGAGUCAAGAAGCCUUUGACUUGGAUGUUCUUGUGAAGGAUGACAAAAAAGAUAUAAACCACGUAACUUUGAAUGUUUGCACUAGAUAUUUGGGAACUGGAACAUCUUCAAAGACUGGUAUGGCUCUCAUGGAAAUUGGAUUGUUGAGUGGUUUCGCUCUGUCACCUGCUUUUGUGCCACCAGAUGAUAUGAUUAGGAAGGUGGAGAAAGCAGAAGGCAAAGUCCAUUUAUAUUUGAACCAUUUAAAUAAAACAGAGUUUUGUGUGGAUGUUCCAACUGUGAGAUAUUUCAAAGUUGCAAAUACUCAAGAUGCUUCCGUAAAUGUAGUGGAUUACUACGAACCCAGAAGAAGAGCAGUGAGAAGCUAUAACUCUGAAGUGAUGCAGAGUGUGUCAUCUUGUGCCUUCUGUGAAAAUGACUGUGAUUUUUGUGGAACGCGUUCAGAUAGUUCUUCACCAAUUUCCCUCUCCUGUGAACUGUUUGUGGUACACAUAAGUCUUCUAUAUGUCUGGCUGGUCUAAGAAGGCAUGUAUCCCAUACUGCUCUAAAAGUAGUACUGCACUUAGCACUCUCUCUCAAAAAAAAAUCCAAAUGAGGCUUUCCAAGUCAACUUAAUGAAGACAGAGAUUCAGUUUAUGGCAGGCAGCCAUUGGUAACAAUGAGAUGAAAGUUCAGAUUUAGAUAAUAAUCUAGGAUGUACAAAAAUAAAACUAACAGGUUUAGAACUCCCUGUAGGGAUCUGCAUCUCAAACUAAUAUAUACAUACAUACAACCGGAAAGUGCAUGCUCCUCUCUAGAGAGUCUCUAAGAAAGGAAAAUCCACAGGUAAAAAAGAGUGUUUAGUCUACUUUUUUCUCUCCCAUACCCAAUCUCAACUCCCAGUCUGUUCAGUGACAGCAUGAUCAGGCCAAAUUCCAGCUGGUCUAUUAAAAUGAAAGCAUCCCCAAAUAUUUUUUCAAAUUUAUUUUGCAAAAAACCCCAACAGUGAAUCAAGAGUUUUCUGAAAGGUCUUUAUUUUUACUUUGAAAUGAGAAAAUAUGUAAGAAGAGAGAUCUGUUAUGACUUAUGAAAAAGACUGGGUAAACCAUGUCUUCAGUUUGGUUUCUGAUACAUUUUAGGUCCAUUAAUAUGUAAUUUAAAGUUUGACGGACUUUAGUAACACAAGAUCAAGUCUCAGGUUUAAAAGGGCGUCACGAAAUUAGUUUUGCUGACUCCUGACUAGCACUUGGUAUGGCUAUCAUGUGGCUCCUUGGUUGUGUUCUAGAAACCAGUCCAGGCAAAUUAAUUCCACUGCACAUGCUUGAACAAAGUACAAAAUAGGAAAAAGUGAAAAAUAACAAGACAAAUAACACAAACUGAGAUGGUUAGCAAGUAGUUAUUUAUAAUUUGAAAUCAUAUAGUCAUAUGAUUAAAAAAUGCUGAAAACAUUUGUCUCAUCUGAGAAAAAAGCAUAUCUGGUUUUGGUUAUUUGUUUUAGAAGGUGAAACUGUAAAAGCAAGUUUAAGGCUCCUUGUCUUUCAGUAUUUAUACUCGCCAUAAUACUGUUGUGGCCUGAAAUUUGUCAAGUGUUCAGUUUACAAUACAAAAUGUAUUGGUUGCCCCUACAUCUCUCUGAGUAAUAAGAGAGACAGAUCAACUUGGUGGCUCAGGCACAGCUGGGCUCAGCAUGUGAUGUCAGCUUGUGUACCCAAAUCUGCAGGGAAGAAGCAUUAGCAGCAACUUCAAACAGCCUCUGUUCAGACUGAAUAUGAGCUCAGAUUCUGAGGAAUUUUAGGAGAUUCUAAUCUGCAUUUGUAUAGGUUUUUUAAAAAUGUAUCUGCUUUGGUUAGACAGAGAAGAGUGCAUUUAAAAGCCAUAAGGCACUCUUAAAAUGAACACUCAGCAAAAGAAGAGCCUCUUGCUGAAGUUGUUGGAAAAUAGGCUGGUACCUAAAAUAAGUUCCUUUUUUCUCUAGUGGUCCGGAGUGGGGCAGU